AUGCAGAAAACUUUUGAGAAGUAAGUUAAUUAGACGAGUAAUAUAACCGUCUUAGAGGAGAGUCCAGAAUGGAAAAAGACAAAAAUAGAUCGCAUGAAUAAAUAUCAAAUUAUAAGAAAUAAUUUCAUAACAUUACUUAUCUUUAACUUUAUAGAUUUAUCUGGCUUUAGCUUCGCUUGUUUAUUUUACCAGUGGUUUAAAAUAGAAUACUACUCAUAGUUUAUGUGGGUUAAUUUUCUCUACAUAAAAUAUAAAGGAUAAAUCACCUUUGUGCAUGAAAACUAUGAUGAAGUUUAUAAAAACUUUUGUAGUAAUUACUAUAAAAUUGAUUAUACAGAUUGUACAAAAAGCUUUAAAGUACUAAAAAAUAUUGGGAUAGCAGCUUUUUCUUUUGUUGUUAUUGGGUUGAUUCUUCAUAUAUUAGAAAUUAUCCGUCUGAUUUAUAUCUUAAGAGGAAAAAGAAAUAGAAUAUGCUUGAAGGCAUAUUUCCUUCAUCCUUUAAUUCUGGUUUCUCUUUCUUUACCUAUUCUUCUCUAUUUAUUUAUAAUUAUGUUUCUUGCAACUAACCAACAAAAUGGUUAGUUCUCCUUUGGACCUUCAUUUUAUGUUGCUAGUGCCUUUUUUGUUUUCUACAUAGUAGUUUUGAUUUAUUACAAAUAACAAAAAAAGAGACUCGAAGUUCAUGAAACUAUGGAUAAAUUAAUUAUUGAGCUCAACAAAAAUAUAGACUAGACUCAAAACUCUGAUGUUAUAAGUUCAAAAAAAAUAUAAACCAUGUAUGAAAAUACCAAUAGCGUGAAUAUCACAGAUAUGGAAAAACCUGAAAAAGAAGGUUCAGCAACAUUCGUGCUAUGA